AAAAUAAUAAAUAUUCUGUUUUUUUUUUUUCUCUCUCCGUCCCUCUUUUAUCUCUGUCUUUCUGCAAAAACUAAAUAAAAAGCUUAUUAUUACAUCUUCUCGUUCUCUGUCUUUUUUUCUCUCUCUCAGGCGUUGUGGCGUUCGCUUAUAGCUAAUGAUAGUUUGAGCUUUCAAUCUCAGCCGUUAGAUUAGACGGCUUUCGUAACUAUGACCUCCAUCACCUCCGUCGAAUUGAAUUACCUCGUCUUCCGUUACCUUCAAGAAUCAGGUUUUACGCAUUCAGCAUUUACUUUAGGAUAUGAAGCAGGGAUUAAUAAAUGUACUAUCGAUGGAAGUUUGGUUCCACCUGGUGCACUUAUUACAUUCGUUCAAAAAGGACUUCAGUACUUGGAGAUGGAAGCCAACCUGAGUAAUAAUGAUGCAGAAAUGGAUGAAGAUUUCUCAUUCUUGCAACCAUUGGAUAUCAUAACAAAGGAUGUAAACCAAUUGCGGCAAAUGGUGAAAGAGAAAAGGAAGAAUAUCCAAAAGGAUAGAAACAAAGAUAGGGAUAAAGAUAAAGAUAAAGAAGUUGAGCGGGAGCAUGAAGGAGAGCGUGGACGAAUAAGAGAGAAAGAAAGAACUGAAAAGGAGAAGGAACGUGAAAAGGAAAGGGAGAAGGAACGCGAGAAGGAAAGGGAGAAGGCUGAAAGCAAUAAGGAGAAGGAAAAGCAACCGGAGGAACUUGCUUAUAGAGAUAUGGUUUUGGAUCAAGAAGACAAGGAUGUUGCCAGGCAUGAAGAAAAUGGAACUCUUGCAGGACCGGAACCUAUGGAUAUUGCUACUACGUCGACCCUAGCAUCUCAGGAUGCUUGUGAAAUUCAUAGCUCUGAGGUUACAAUUUUGGAAGGGCACACCUCUGAGGUUUGUGCGUGUGCCUGGAGCCCGACUGGUUCACUUCUUGCAUCAGGGUCUGGAGAUUCAACAGCUCGCAUUUGGACAAUAUCUGAUGGGCUUUUCAAAUCUGGUGGAAAAAACAGUCCUUUAAAUGUUCUAGUUCUGAAGCAUGUAAAAGGAAGAACAAAUGAGAAGAGCAAAGAUGUGACAACACUUGAUUGGAAUGGUGAGGGGACAUUACUUGCAACAGGUUCAUAUGAUGGCCAAGCAAGAAUUUGGACUACAACUGGUGAUCUAAGGACUACUUUGAGUAAACACAAAGGACCUAUAUUUUCUCUGAAGUGGAACAAGAAGGGUGAUUAUCUUCUAACAGGAAGCUGUGAUAAAACGGCAAUUGUGUGGGAUGUGAAGGCAGAGGAAUGGAAACAGCAGUUUGAAUUUCAUACAGGUCCAACCCUUGAUGUUGAUUGGCGGAACAAUGUUUCAUUCGCAACAAGUUCAACAGACCAUAUGAUAUAUGUUUGCAAGAUUGGAGAAACUCGCCCUAUUAAAACCUUUGCGGGGCAUCAGGGGGAAGUAAAUUGUGUCAAAUGGGAUCCUACUGGUUCACUAUUGGCCUCUUGUUCUGACGAUAUUACUGCAAAGAUAUGGUGUAUGAAGCAGGACAAGUAUGUUCAUGAUCUGAGGGAGCAUUCAAAGGAGAUAUAUGCCAUCAGAUGGAGUCCUACUGGGCCGGGGACAAACAAUCCUAACCAACAGUUAGUUCUUGCAAGUGCAUCAUUUGACUCCACGGUGAAGCUAUGGGAUGUGGAACAAGGGAAACUUCUCUACAGCUUGAAUGGACACAGGGAUCCCGUAUACUCGGUUGCAUUUAGCCCAAACGGAGAGUAUCUAGCCAGUGGGUCUCUUGAUAAAUCCAUGCAUGUCUGGUCCUUAAAAGAAGGGAAGAUCGUAAAAACAUAUACUGGCAAUGGUGGAAUAUUUGAAGUCUGUUGGAACAAGGAAGGUGACAAGAUCGCAGCAUGUUUCGCAAACAACACUCUAUGCGUCUUGGACUUUAGAAUGUAAGAAAACCUAGAAACUUCCCUCUCUAUUCAAUGAAUUGGAGCCUUGUGUGGGGAAGAUAGCUCUUUGCAAGCUCCUAAAUAAUCACUUAAAAUUAGGUAUUUUGCAUUGUUGUAGUGUUUAAAAGGGAAAAACUGUAACUAUAGAUUAGGGUUUUGUAUUUCGUGAAUUAGGGAUUCCUAACUGAAUUUGGUACUAAUUUGUAAUUUGUGAUUGUGAACUAUGGGUCUCUGCUUUGUGAGGUAAGCAACCAAAUGAUGUAUAGCAUAAUUUUGCACCUAAUCAUUGAUCUUUAUAAUAGGAUGGCAGUUAGUUGGAUAUCUGCAAUUUUUGGAUUUGUAAA